AUGAAGACUUCCAUCUCCUCGGAUGUCUGGGAGAAGAAGAAAGCCCUAAUUGCCAAAUUGUACAUGGAAGAGGAAUGGCCCCUCAAGCAAGUCAUCAAACAGAUUCGUUCGGAGGACUUCAAUCCCAGUGAGACUCAACUGCGAAGCCGCUUAAAGAAAUGGCGAGUCACCAAACCUUCUCGCCAGACUCGCAAGAAACCCCAAGGAUCGACCUCGGGCGAUGAGUCUGAGCGGGAGGUCAAGAGCGUUUCAUCUGUCUCUUCUCGCAGCCAAAAGUCUCCCGCUUCCAAGCCGAGAUCUGUCUCCCGUUCAGACUGGUCUACGCACCCCGCGUAUGCAUCAUCCGGUGUGCACGCUGUGGACCAGAAAUGGAACCUUCCUUUGACUCAGCAGUUGACGCCCACACUACCAGGCGAGCACGUUCUCGUUGCUGACCGACACCUUCACUCAUUCUCCGACCACAGCCCAAACACAGCUUCCUUUGAGCAGUCCGGCCACACGUCGCCUGGGCCUGAGGGUCUCAUGGCCAGUACUACUGCUGCUGUGACACCGACCUACGCGGCAUUCCCUCUUUCUCCUGAUUCCUGUUUUCCUAGUCCUGGUUCGUCGACUACACCGGCCUUGGCCCAGUGGCCGCCUCGCUCCGUCUCCGUCGACAUGAAUCUCAACCCUGCCCUCCACCCGGGCCAUUGGUAUCACAUGCCCUUUGAGCCCAUCACUCCGCCAUCCGGUGUUCUUCACUCGGCUACACCUGUCUACCGGGACCAUGUGCCCAUGGUCGCUUCUCAUGGGGGUUACUCUCACGAGUUUGCUCCUUAUCAUGAGACGCAUGCUUACCCGGGCUACGACCCCAAGCCCUGGAAGCGGAAUGUCUCUCUCCAAUACGACUACCACGGAAGACCUGAGCACGAGAGGAAGAGCGUGCCAUCUCGUGGUCACCCUCCCACUAUGGUGCCCCUGCCUUCGUCCCAGCCGGCUGGGCCGCACACAGCGAUGUGUGCACCUCUGAUGCCAUACAUGGGCCAGGAUCCGAUGGCCCAGAAGCCCCCUGGCGUUGGCUACUAA